UGGCCGGAAUCCGGCACGGGAGGGAGGCGGCCGAAGUUGCCGUGCUUGACUGACUCUCGCUAGGCGGCGGCGGCGGCGGCGGCAAAACCGGGAAGCUUCUCUCUCUCUCUCUUUCUCCCCCCUCCCCACCUUCGUCGCCUCUUGGUGGGAGAACUCCGGAAUUGGAGCGGGAGCUGCGUGCCUCUCUCGCUUUCGCCUCGCACCUGGGCUAUGCCUCGGCCGGCAUUGCUGGCGGUAGGAGCGUGAAGAUUUCUUCCUGCAGAUAUCUCUUCAUAUUCCUCUGGUCAUGCAUAAGAAUUAUUUAACAUUAUAAUGGAUUUUAAGUGGAACUACCAAGAAAAGAAGGGUUAUAAUAUAAUUUAUGUUUGAUAAGCCAUAUAGCUUCUCAUAUAAAACAAUGACAACUUCUCAUAUGAAUGGACAUGUAACAGAAGAUUCAGACAGUGAAACAAAAAUUAUGGAUCUUGCACCUCUUGAAGAAUCUCAGAAACACAGGGAAAUGGCUGUGGAUUGCCCAGGUGAUCUGGGCAAUCGCAUGAUGCCAUUACGGCGGAGUGCUCAACUUGAACGGAUUCGACAGCAGCAAGAGGACCUAAGGCGAAGACGGGAAGAAGAUGGGAAAAAACAAGAACUUGAUCUUAAUUCUUCUAUGAGACUCAAGAAGCUGGCACAAAUUCCUCCCAAGACUGGAAUAGACAACCCUAUGUUUGACACAGGAGAAGGAGUAAUUCUGGAGAGUCCACAUUGUGCUGUGAAAGUCCUAGAGGUUGAUGAGCUGCUGUGUUCUCUUAAGCAUGUUCAACACACACUGAUAGAUCCACAAAGUCAGGAGGAAAUUGCUCUCAUUUUACAGCUUGUACAAAAUACUGACUUUCAAAAUGCAUUUAAGAUACACAAUGCUGUUACUGUGCACAUGAACAAAGCAAGUCCUCCAUAUCCUCUUAUCUCCAACGCACAAGAACUUGCACAAGAGGUACAAAAUGUUUUGAGACCAAGCCAUCAGAAAGAUGGGUUGGAACUUAAUUCUUUAUUGAAUGCUCCUCAUGUUCAGGCACUACUUUUGGCUCAUGAUAAAGUUGCUGAGCAGGAAAUGCAACCAGAAUCAGUGGCAGAUGAAAAGAUAUAUGAAAAUGUUGGUGUGUAUGGAGGAGAAACAGUUAAAAUUGUUCGCAUUGAAAAAGCUAGGGAUAUUCCAUUGGGUGCCACAGUGCGAAAUGAAAUGGAUUCAGUCAUCAUUAGUCGAAUAGUGAAAGGAGGUGCUGCUGAAAAGAGUGGGCUCUUGCAUGAAGGUGAUGAAGUUUUGGAAAUCAAUGGAAUUGAAAUUCGUGGAAAAGAUGUUAAUGAGGUUUUUGACUUGCUGGCAGACAUGCAUGGCACUCUGACAUUUGUGCUGAUUCCAAGCCAACAGAAUAAGCCCCCACCUACAAAGGAGACAGUGAUACAUGUGAAGGCUCACUUUGACUACGAUCCUUCUGAUGACCCUUAUGUCCCUUGCAGAGAGUUAGGGCUGUCUUUUCAAAAAGGAGAUAUACUCCAUGUGAUCAGCCAGGAAGAUCCAAAUUGGUGGCAGGCUUAUCGAGAUGGAGAUGAAGAAAAUCAGCCUUUGGCAGGCCUCAUUCCAGGAAAAAGUUUUCAGCAGCAAAGAGAAGCAAUGAAGCAAACUAUAGAAGAGGACAAAGAGCCGGAAAAAUCAGGAAAACUUUGGUGUGCAAAAAAGAACAAAAAGAAACGGAAGAAAGUUUUGUACAAUGCCAAUAAAAAUGAUGAUUAUGACAACGAGGAGAUUUUGACUUAUGAAGAAAUGUCACUUUAUCACCAGCCAGCAAAUAGGAAACGACCUAUUGUCCUGAUUGGUCCCCAGAACUGUGGUCAAAAUGAACUGUGGCAAAGAUUAAUGAAUAAUGAAGCUGACCGAUUUGCUUCUGCAGUUCCUCAUACAACCCGGAAUAGGAGGGACAACGAAGUAGCUGGCAGAGAUUACCAUUUUGUAUCACGACAAGUAUUUGAGACUGAUAUUACAGCAGGAAAGUUUAUUGAACAUGGUGAAUUUGAGAAGAAUCUGUAUGGUACCAGCAUAGACUCUGUCCGGCAGGUGAUCAAUUCUGGAAAGAUAUGUCUCUUAAAUCUUCAUACACAGUCAUUGAAGAGUUUACGCAAUUCAGACUUGAAACCAUAUAUUAUCUUCAUUGCACCUCCUUCACAAGAACGGCUUCGUGCAUUGCUGGCCAAAGAAGGCAAAAAUCCAAAGCCAGAAGAACUAAGAGAAAUAAUAGAGAAAACCAGAGAGAUGGAGCAAAAUAAUGGCCAUUACUUUGAUACAGCGAUUGUGAAUUCUGAUAUUGACAAAGCAUAUCAAGAAUUACUUCGUUUAAUUAACAAACUUGAUACAGAACCUCAGUGGGUUCCAUCCUCUUGGCUGCGAUGAAGAGAACCACAUCAAUGAAGAAAAGGGUUUUGCCAAUUGCAUCCUUUUCAUCCUUACUAAUUUGUUUAAUCUUCAAAUCCAACAAUGUUGCUGCGAUUGUAGAAUGUCUGACUUUCUCUACUUUUAAUUAGACACAGUGUGAACAAGCCACAUUUUAAUUAUUUAAAUAGGUUUUUCUAACAGCUUCUUUUGUCUAGAGUUGUUCUUCAAGCAAGUAUAUUUAUACAGUCCAUGAUCAUUACUAAUACAGGUUACUUCACACUUAAUGAUCUAAUGAAAAUAUUGUAGCUCUCAAAAAUACCUUUCCAAAACAUUGGAUGGAUGAAAUUAGAGAAAGAAAUUAAUCUGCACAUUUUCUUCUUAGUAGUGUAAGAGGCCACUUAUAUGGAGUUGUCCUUAGGCUUGAAUUUUUUUAAAUUUUAAAUUUAAUUUUUUUAAUUAAACAUUCCUUUAUCCAAUAGCACUGCAAUUUUUUAAAAAUAUGUACAAUGUAAAUAAUAAAACUUUUUUUGUCUUUAGAUACUUUGUAAAUCAGAUUGAUAGCUUAUUAAAUAAUGAGAUUCCACUGAAGAUGAAUUCUAUGUAUGAGUCAAUAUUUGAGAUGUGAUAUUUUUAUGGAUUUUUCUCCCUUUUGUCUAUAUUGCCUGAUUGGGAGCCACUGGUAUCCCAAAGAACUGUGGAACAUUUUAGAAGGGAGCUAUAUUUUUAUGACAAUUCUUAUAUGGAUUUUUUACAAGGCUUUGCUUCCUUACAUUGUAAAAUUGUUUUCAUAAACAAACAAAUGAACACUAGAGUUGGGAAUAGUGAAUAUUAGCAUAUAUUCUUAUAUUUUUAUACAUAGGCACAAGACAUCUCAUGGCUGUUGGAAUUAGUAUUAAGUAAUCAGGUUAUAGCCCUGGAACAGUGACAUAAUAUGGAUGUUAGGAACUUGUCUUAUUCUCUUUUCUAGAAAUCCGUACUUAAAAGGUCCUAAAUAUUGGUGGCUUCUCCAGUAAUAGCUGCUUUGGAAAUAGAUUAGUUUUGUUCCUUUAUUGUUGAUGGCACCCUUAAAUGUGAAUAUUAAUAAAUGUUUUUCUCAACCAUAGCUUUUAUUUUUAUAUACUGUCUUACACUGGAAUUACUUCAACGUGUAGUUGGUUAGGUAAAGUAUUAGCUAUUUCUUUAUGUUAUUUCAUUUUUUUCCCUCAUAAUAUAUGAAAUAGAAAAGAACUCUGCAAGGAUAAUGCUUUUUUAUUCAUUGUUGAACAUGCUGUAUGGCAUGUAGCAACUGUGUGGAAAAACUGACUUAAGAACUGAAAUUGUUCAGUAUUAUAAGCAUCCCUCAGCAAGCAAGAAAAGAAGAAAAAAUAAAAAAUGGAAAUAUAAAACAGUUCCCUCCCAUUUAAAUUCUGUAUAGUCUAAUAUUUAUAAGCUGAUGGUAAAAUAAUCACCUAGUAAUGUGCCUCAUCCAGUAAAGCCUUUCAGUAGAUAAUAGAAACGAGAUGGAAUAAUUCCUGAGACAUAAAUAUGCAUCUCCAGUAGUCAACUUCGCUUGGAAUGCAUGAGAAGGAAACCUGGUGUUUUUUCCUCAUUUGAUUUGUGAUCAUUUCUAACUAUUGAUGAUUGUUACAAGUCACUAAAAAAGAUGUAAUGCAUCCCAGCUUUUUUCUUUGCUUAAGGGAUCAGAAAUGCACUAUGGCACUGUUUCUCAACCUUAGCAACUUUAAGAUGUGUGGACUUCAACUCCCAGAAUUCCCCAGUCCUGUCCUGUCUUGUCUUGCAUAUAAUUUAGUUUUGUUGAUUCUGGUAAAUUUGCAUUGAACAUUUAAACAUAAGUUUGUAGACCAGGCAUACAACUUUGAACAUGUAUGCCCUGUUCCUCAUAACUAUUGCUACAAAAUGACCAUAUCUCAAUACCAUUGGCUAAUCUUGAAAAAUUUAACAAGGAUAGGCUUGGAUAGGAAAUAAUCAGAAAAUCCCAAGGCUAGAGAUUAAACUGAAAAGUUGAAAAGGGCAGGGAAACAUUUCAGUUUUGUUUCUAAGAAUGCUUCAAGCAAAUGUCUCUGAAAUCAAGAAUCAAGCACAACUUAAAUCAAGGAUGAUAGGACUACAUUGUGUAUAAUAAAAUCUGUAUUUGAUUUUUUACAAUAGGUGUAACAUUUACAUGCAUGUAGAAUACCAACCUACAACUUCUUUCACUAUCAUACUUGAAUUCUUAUAUAAUCCAGGGUGCAUUCUGGAGCAACAGAUGAAUUAAUGAUAUUGAUGUGACACAGCAGUGAGUGUAUUACAUGUUAAGAUGCACAAAGCAAUUUGUUAUGUUUGUGUUGCCCUUUUAAUGUCUUAAGAAUCUAGAAGUUGCUGAACAGAGAAAUUACUAAAUAUUAGAAGAUAGGUUUUAAAAAACUACAGAAAACAUUUAGUAAACAGAUGUAACAAAGCCAAAUAAUGGUAUUAAGAUUGUUAAAAUGGUGUUUUAUAGAUCAAUUGGUAGUAAUAAAUUUAUUCCUUUAUUCUGCUGCUGAAAGCAUGCAUUUUGAAGUCUUUCAAAAUGUAUGAUUAGAAAAAAAUAGAGACAUUGAUUACUAUUUAAGUGUUUUGCUAUAUGCUGAAUGAGCGUACUGGAUUUUUCUUGGCUAUUGAAACAGGAACAUUUUUAAUCAAUUAUUUCAUUGGCAUGAAUGUAAUAGUGUCUAAUAAGAACAAUAAGAGGCUUAUAAGGUAACUGUGACAAUGCACCAAUGUUGUAAACUGUAUGCUAAUGUAAACAUAUAUAUUUUCUGACUUCAAGUAAAUGUUAACUGUUAAUAUAUUUUUAUUUUAGUGGCUUAAUAUUACAAAAUAUUGUAAUAAAAUGAGUGUAUGGAAUUAGUUACAAAAACUGCAGUGCAGUCUGUUGUGGUGAUAAAGUAUCACCAGCAUUGUUCCAAAUAUCCUUCUACCAGCUUGGUGCUUCUGGAUAUAUUUGGGGCUACAACUCCCAGAAUUCCUGGGCAGCAUAGCCAAGAUGAACAAUUCUGGAAAUUGCAGUCAUAAGAGAUACGAGAACUACUUGAUUGAUGAAGGCUAAUUAUGAGGAAAUUUUGCUAUUCGGGCUCUGCAUGCUUUGGU